CAACAGCCAAUUGGCUGAAAUAAUAUUUUCGAUUUUAUAACACCAAAAGUUAUUGCAAAUUAAAAAGAAAGCCAUUACAGGCAGGGCAUUUGUUUAUUAACAUAACAUAACACUAUUUCGCCAAUGGGUUUUCAAAAGAUGCGCGUACGCAUUGUGACGAAAACGUGAAUCGUUACUUUUGAUGCCAGCUGAAUGCAGCUGAACUUUUAACUUUCAAUACAAAUUUAACCGGUAACAAGAUGGCACCUCAGGAACCAACACCGUUUGAUCUUGCAUAUACCGGCAAGACAGCUGCCGUUAAGAUCCUACUUAACGAGAACCUGAAACUUAAGUCAGAGACUGAUAGCAAUGGACGAAUGUUGAUACACUGGGCUGCUUUGGGAGGACACGAUGAUCUUGUUACGCAUUUACUAUCCCUGGGUGUUCCUGUGGAUCCUGUCGAUGACACAAAUAUGACACCGUUGAUUCUGGCAGCGUCAGCCGGUCGUGACAAGGUUGUAAACGUUCUGCUGAAUGAAGGAGCUGAUCUCAAUGCAAAAACAAUGGAUGGACAUUCCGCACUGCAGUAUGCAGCAUCAAAAAAUUGGAAAACGAUAUGUGCAGCUUUACUUGAAAAGGAAGCAGAUAUAAAUAUUUGUGACAAAAGAGGUGCAACGCCACUGCAUAGAGCCGCAUCCAAGGGUAACACAGCAAUCGUGAAGCUUCUCCUGGAGUAUGGAAAUAUCUUGAAAAUAGAUAGUAGAGAUGCUUCUGGAAAUACGGCAUUGCAUCUAGCCUGUGAAGAGGAUCGAGAAGAGGAAGCUAAGCUCUUGAUGAGUAACGGAGCGGAUGUGACUGUCACGAACAAACUCGGCAAGACUCCUUUCGAUUUGGCGAAACCAGGUCUCUUGCGACAGCUAAAGGAGAUCAAAGAGAGGAAUGUGUAAAUCUUAAGGGUUUACCAGUAAUCCGAUAAUCUUGAUUUCAUUUUUCAUCGUUUAUUGUAUUUCUUAUAUACUUAAGACGCGAUCAACCUUUUGUGUUUAAUUCAUAUAAAAUGUAUCAAAACCAUCUCUA